AUGUCGUACCUAUCAUACAACCUUGAAGCUAUACCAACACUACUUUUUAUGCUAACACUUCCAACUCCAACUAACCGACAUAGCGGCGAGCUUGCAUCUGCAGCAGCGAGAGAUGUUCGCCUGUAUGUAGAGAGUACACAUGAUGUGACCACGAAAUCACUGCAGAGUAGGAAGGUGGAUAUCAGUGUCCGUGUCUUUGCGAACGGCCACUGGAACAACGAGAUAUGUGUUUUUGAGUUCCUAAAUACAAUAGUUGCAGUUAGGAAUGAACGGAUUAUUCAAUUAAAGAAUAACAUGAGUAAUAUCAAUAUUUAUAUCCUCAACCAAAAAAGAACAGGCAACGAUGCCUGGAAUGCACCUAACUGA